AUGGCACCAAAGAGGAAGCAAACCACCGCCGGCGACUCCUCCUCCUCCUCCUCCUCCGCCGCCACCAGGGUUACACGACGCCUCGCAAACUCCACCGUCGCUCCGCCUGCUGCAGACGCUGAACCACCGAAGAGAAAGAAGGGCAAAACCACCGCCACCGCUGUCAAGCCAGAAGGCGAAGCCAAAUCACCACUGGAGCAAGCGGCGGAUGGUGGCGGCGGCGGCAAAACCAUAAUCAUUGAGCGCAGCACAGAAUGCAGCAGGUUCAAGACUAGGGCUAUUCAGGUGAAGGAAGGGCUGGAGAAGGGCGUCGCCGGAGUCAAAGUGGUGGUCAACCCUGAGAAGCCGAGGAGGGGCUGCUUCGAGAUUCGGGAGGAAGGCGGGGAGGUUUUCCUCAGUCUGCUGGAUAUGAAGAGGCCCUAUAAGCCAAUGACAGAUUUGGACAUGGAGGAGGUCAUUUCCGACAUUAUUGAAAAGAUUAGAUGAUUGUUGGGUUCUUAUGUUUUUUAGGGUUUAGUCCGAUCAAGUACGUAGGCACUGAUUUUGGUCGGUUAAUGAUGUCCAAAUCUUGACAGUCGUUUGUGCUUCUAGUUUUCUUGCAGUUUUGGUUGUGGUAGAUGAUGCCGUACGUAUGCCUUGGUUGCGAAACGUAUGCUGUCUUCUUGUAGUGCCUGCAUCUUUUCUUGAAUGGAGUAGUUCGAUGAAUGGCUAAGGAUUUUUGAUAGUUUAA